UUUUAAACGAAGAUCAUUACAUAAGUUCUGUUUAAAAUUAUUCAAUUAAAAAAAUUUAUGAGAGAUAUAUGUUAUGAACAGUAUUUAUAAGUGAACAAAUAUGGCCGUUUUAAACAAUGGGGUUUCACUAUUUUACAAUGUCAAUAAAUUGUGUAAGCACUUGACACCGGCAUUUACUUUGCCAAAUUUAUUAAAUGGUAAUGGUAAGCAGAUUUGGACGAACUCAGCAGCUUCUGUACCUGCUAAAGUGCUCCCUAAAGAAAGUCUGUAUAGAAGGAUGAAAGAUAAAGUUUACUACCAUGCUUUCGAGAAAUAUAUUUUUCGGGCAAAAGGUUUCUUGUUGUAUAGACAUUGUUGUGAUAACCUUGAUUAUAUUAAAUUCAUGAGAGAUCAUGAAAUGCCAGAUACUUUUUUUUCUUGGUUUUUGGUGACCGAAUUACACGUGUGGAUGCUCAUGGUACGAUUGAUGGCAGCAGGGCGCGAUGGGGUUGAAACUAAACAAAAUUUGGUAGCUGCAUUGUGGCAAGAUACUGACGUUCGAAAAAAACAGCUUGGAAGUAUUAUCGACUCAGCUGUGAAGACUCAUAUUCGGGAAAUAGGAUACCAAUUUAAUGCCGCAAUUAUAGGCUACGAUGAAGGAUUAUUAGGCAACGAUUGUAUACUAGCUGGAGCUGUAUGGCGAAGGAUUUUGCAAAUGGAGUGUGAAAAUCCAGAGAUCGUUGAAAACUUAGUCAGAUAUAUUCGUAAAUCAAUUUCUGAACUAGAUAAUCUUCCAAAUGAACUGUUCCUUAAAUCCACUAAGAUAAAGUGGCAAGAAUAUCCAGUUGCAGAAAAAAAAAUAUAUUAAUCUCAAAACAAUUUUCUAGAAUAAAUUUAAUGCGGUGAUUUAAGUGCUCGUUUGUAUAUUAUAAUUAUUGUAUUAUUUAAUAGAUAAAAACAAUCUUCUUAAUCGA